AGGGUAUAUCAAAUACAUUCAAUUAUGAGAAAUAUAACAGAGGGCAUUUUGCCAUUGUUUUGUUUUCCUUUUCUUUUAUUUUACUUUGUUUCCUUUUAGAUAAGAUAGUGUAAGAAAGAGACGCAGCGAUUAAAGCGAUUUCGUUAGCGUCACAAAGAGAAAUUUCAGAGAAGCAGAAGAAUAGUAACAAGUUGGAAGGAAAUAAACUACGCAUCUAGAAAAUACAUAGGAAUACCCCUUUGGAGAAGUAUCUCUAUUCUAAGCAAAUACGAUGAUUCGAAUCAAAUGUGCUUUGGUCCUACUGCUUUGCAGUUUCGCUUAUGCCACAAAUCUCAAAUCACCAACAUUUAGUAAUGCUUAUACUGUGAAAGGUACAUUGUAUAUUCCAUAUGCCGAAAUACGUGAACCUUUCUAUGCAUGGUACGAUGGAAAAAGUGGAUCUAGUCGAAUAGAUUAUUAUGGAGGAAUAGUUAAAACUUUCCAACUUAGCGGUGAAGGAUCAUACGGUGCUAGUAUCAAAAUUGCACCUGUUACUACAGAAUCUGUCAUGAACGAAGAGACGUGUCUACAAGUAAAUGGAUCGAGUAAUUUUAAAAUUCAUCCACAGAGUAUAAUUCCAGAUACAACUGGAAUGGAGUGUAUCGGAGAGGAAGUUAUAAACGGUUUGCCUUGCGAAAAAUGGAGGCUCGUUGAAAACGUUGGAGAUAAAAAAAAUAAAUAUACACUAUGGAUACGUUAUAAGAAAUCUCCACAUCUGCCACAGAAGAAAGAACCCAUACCAGUGAAAUAUGAAAUGAUUGGUUUUAACAGUUUACUUGGUUCCCAUUACGAUCAUUACUAUUUGGAUUAUGAUUGGUACUCUUUCGAUGCUCCCAGUCCGGAUGUGUUCAAAGUUGCAGAAAAUUCUACGUGCGUUAGUUUCCCUGGACCUGGAGAUAAUCAUAUAUAUACUUUCAAUCCUAUGAAAGAAUUUAUUCAUAAUUAUGAUGAACAUGUGAAUGUAGCAUUUAAAAAGUUUAAGAAAACCCAUCAAAAAUAUUACAAGAACGAAACCGAACAUACUGGACGGAAGGAAUUAUUUCGACAGAAUAUGAGAUUCAUUCAUUCGAUCAAUCGCGCCAAUUUAGGGUAUCAAUUGGACGUGAAUCAUCUGGCCGAUCUGUCUGAUUUGGAAAUGUAUGCUUUGCGUGGAAAACAAUAUACAAAAGGUUACAACGGCGGUGAACCAUUUCCUCAUGAUAUUGAAAAAGAAAUAACCAGAGUUCCUGACAAUUUAGAUUGGAGAUUGUAUGGUGCUGUGACGCCCGUUAAAGAUCAAUCUGUUUGCGGAUCCUGUUGGAGUUUUGGUACGACCGGUGCAGUGGAAGGAGCGUAUUAUAUGAGAUAUGGAAAAUUAGUGCGCUUAUCUCAACAGGCGUUAAUCGACUGUUCAUGGGGCUUUGGUAAUAACGGAUGCGACGGUGGCGAAGAUUUCCGAUCUUAUCAGUGGAUAAUGAAACAUGGCGGAAUACCUUCUGAAGAUGAAUAUGGUGGUUAUAUGGGUCAGGAUGGAUUUUGUCAUAUUAACAAUGUUACUAUGGCGGCUAAGAUUUCGGGAUACGUUAAUGUUACAUCAGGAAACGCGGAUGCUUUAAAGGUAGCUCUGGCCAAUCAUGGUCCUAUUUCUGUAGCUAUCGACGCAUCUCACAAGACAUUUUCCUUUUAUUCGCAUGGUGUCUAUUACGAGCCCGCUUGCGGCAAUACGGAGGACAAGUUAGAUCACGCUGUCUUGGCUGUUGGCUAUGGUACGUUGAAAGGAAAGGCUUAUUGGUUAAUCAAGAAUUCAUGGUCUAAUUACUGGGGUAACGAUGGUUACAUACUUAUGGCGCAGCAGGAUAAUAAUUGUGGCGUUUUAACUACCCCAACAUAUGUUAAAAUAUAACAAGGAUAUGUGUCUUUUAUUUUCUUUUUUUUUUCCAUCUUUUAUAAUGUGGAAAACAAAUGUAUCUAAUGUAAAUGAAUAAUCUUAGCUCUCUCUCUUUAUGCAGUUAGUUAACUAUGUAUCUUAAAGGUUUAUCAUGAUGUACAAACUUGUUUUUACAUCUAUUAUUACAAGAAUGAUUUUUCGAAAGAGAAAAAAUAAAAACAAAAAGAAAAAGGUUAAAAAUAAUAAAGUGAUAUUUUAAAUAGAAAAAUUAUUU